AUGCAUCCACUACAAGAGCAGUCCAAAUGUCAACCUGAGUUAUCGUCGUGUAUAGUCUUCUCUGUCUCAUGCUCUUUGAGUGCAGGGCUUGUGCCCGUCACGAAUAAAUAUUUAUUUAUUUAUUCCCUUGUCUGGGCUACUGUCUAG